AUGUCUGACUACAAGCUUCCUUCCACUGCUUCACCAUCACUAUCGGAGUUCUUCUGCAAGCCGAAAUUCCUUUUCACGGUGGUCGCAGCGAGCAAUGGUCCGUUUCACUACCGCAGAUCUCGUACUAGCAGGGUGAUAGCCACGCCAUCUGAACUUGAUGCUGUGUGCGGACUUGGUGAUCAGAUAUUCGUAGACGAUGAUUUGAAGUUCUGGUGGCUGUCUCAUGGUUGGGAAACAGUGCUCCUCGAUCUUUCGAAUUUUGAUGUCCAGGUUGGGAGCCUUUUCGUAAAUAUGGAUCCAGAUAUUGCUGAUCAGAUCGGGAUCCGCUUCUUCAAAGUAAUCCACAAGAUCUUCAUCCGUAACAGUCGUAUCAGAGAAAACGACCUCGACGGUCAAGUCACCCGAGUCUCCGUUCUGGAUGAAAUGGUCAAGAAAGCUCAGAACCCAGUUUGCGAGAGUCAAUGUUGUGCUCGAUCCACUUGCACUCAAAGAGAGCUUGCAUGCCUGAUCGAACGGCGGGAGAGCGUCCUGACUGAUCAGGGAUAUCUCGAAGGGGCCAUCGGCGACGGUGACGACGUGCGAGCGGUUCCUUUGGAAGGUCGAGAAAGGAGAAUGGUUGCGCCACGAUGCGUGCAGCGGGGUCGCCCAUAUUGGGAAGCCGUUACUAACAUUUCCGGUCAAGGAGAGCAAGUCAUGGUUGGUAGAUAG